UGUAAUUUGUAUAUUAAAAAAUUAUAGAAAUUAUAUAUUAAUAAUCUAUAUGUUAAGACAAAUCAAACAAGAUCACACAUGACUAUAUUUAGGCUUACACAUUGAGAGAAUUUGAUGAGUCAAAGUGCUUAGAUGAACAGUUUCAAAAGUCAAAAGUGAACGAAUACUCCGGGACGAAGGGAGUAGUUCAUAUUUAGGGAAAAUGAUAUGUUUAAGUCUUAUUNGGACGGAGGUAGUAUUAGAUAAUAUUUGAUACUACCUCCGUCCCAUAUUAUUUGUCCACUUUCAUUUUACACACCAUCCAAUACACUUCUUUAAUCCAUUUUAUCUUGUAAUUUGUAUAUUAAAAAAUUAUAGAAAUUAUAUAUUAAUAAUCUAUAUGUUAAGACAAAUCAAACAAGAUCACACAUGACUAUAUUUAGGCUUACACAUUGAGAGAAUUUGAUGAGUCAAAAUGGAAAGAAGUAUUGCUUCUUUCUCCAUUUUUUUGAACAACACUUUUCACGUCUAUAAAUUUGGCUCUUCCUCGUCCAUUUCCACCACCAUCCAUUCUAUUGUGUUUCUUAAUAUAUGCUUUCAUCUCUUCCCUUCAAACUUCCAAGUGAAGAAAAAUGACUAACCAUAAUGUGGUGGUUUCCGAUCCAAAACCCGGCGCAGCCUUGCCGGCCGCUGUGCCCGCCACUGCGGGGCCACCUGCUCGUGGCCGUUUCAUUACCGCAUUGUUUGAAUCCAUGAGGAUAUCGAGUCAUCCAUCAGCUCUGGGCAUGUUUGAUGAAAUAGUGAAAUGUUCAAAAGGGAAGAAGAUAGUCAUAUUUCUUGAUUAUGAUGGUACACUCUCCUCCAUUGUUGAAGAUCCUGACAAAGCUUUCAUGACUAACGAGAUGAGAGAAGCUGUGAGGAGCAUUGCAAAGCAUUUUCCCACGGCCAUAGUGAGUGGGAGGAGCAGGGAAAAGGUACACGAUUUUGUUCAGUUAUCUCAACUUUACUAUGCUGGAAGCCAUGGAAUGGACAUUAAGGGUCCAACCGAAGGAAAUGCCGAGGCUGUUCUCUACCAACCCGCCAAAGAAUUUUUACCUAUGAUCGAUGAGGUAUAUAAUUUAUUACUGGAGAAAACCAAAUCUGUCGCUGGAGCUAAAGUGAACAACAACAAGUUUUGCUUGUCUGUGCAUUAUCGUUGUGUCGAGGAAAAGAGAUGGAAUGAACUUUGUGAACUAGUGAAAGGUGUGGCCAAUGAGUGCCCAAAGCUUGGAUUAUCUACUGGGAGGAAGGUUUUGGAGAUUCGUCCGAUGAUUGAAUGGGACAAGGGCAAAGCAUUGGAAUUUUUGUUGGAAGCAUUAGGUUUGGCAAAUUCUGAGGAUGUUUUGCCGAUUUAUAUUGGUGAUGAUCGAACAGACGAGGAUGCUUUUAAGGUUUUGCGGGAGAGGGGAGGAGGUGGCAUAGGAAUCUUAGUUUCCAAAGCUCCAAAAGAAACCAAUGCAUCGUAUUCAUUGAAGGACCCAUUGGAGGUAAUAAGCACAAAUUUGUAGGGCACACCUUGUCCCAUAUUCCCACAUUCUACCUCCACAAUCUACUCACUACAUACCACGCUUGUUGUUUCAUUUACUUUUCAAUAACUCUUUUAAAACUCUCUAUAAUCCUACUUUGAUCCCAAUUAAAUUCUUAAUCCCACAAGUCCCACUAAUAAGGUCAUCUCCAAUGGGAUGCCCAAAGGAGAUGCUCAAAGGAGAGAGAAGAAGAUGUUUAAAGGUGCCACUAUUGGAAAUGGGUGCUUAGAGGAGGUGUUCAAAGAAGAAAGAGAGUGAGAGAUGCUCAAGAGAGCACCUGAUGCUAGCAUUCAAAAUCAUGUGUGCAUUCUUUUAUUUUUUGUAAAAUAAGCUUUUUUUAAUAGUACACUCUCUUUUUAAUGAUUUUUUUCUUUUCAUUUUUGUGUCUCUUUUUUUCCCCGGAAAAAAUCUUUACCAUUUUU